ACUGAUGGAGAGGCAGAAACGGAAGUCGGACAUCGAGAAGGGGCUGCAGUUUAUUCAGUCAACACUACCCCUAAAGCAAGAAGAGUAUGAGGCUUUCCUGCUCAAGCUUGUGCAGAACCUGUUUGCUGAGGGCAACGACCUGUUCCAGGAGAAGGACUACAAGCAGGCUCUGGAGCAGAACAUGGAAGCUGACUACGCCGCCUCUGACCAGGUGGCUUUACCCCGGGAGCUGCUGUGCAAGUUACAUGUCAACAGGGCAGCCUGCUACUUUACCAUGGGCCUGUAUGAGAAAGCACUGGAGGACAGUAAGAAGGCCUUGGGCCUGGAUGGCGAGAGUAUCCGGGCAUUGUUCCGAAAGGCGCGCACCCUCAACAAGCUGGGCCGCCACAAAGAGGUCUAUGAAUGCAGCAGCCGGUGCUCCCUUGCUCUUCCCCAUGAUGAAAAUGUCACUCAGCUGGGUCAGGAGCUGGCUCAGAAGCUUGGACUGCGGGUGCGGAAGGCCUAUAAGAGACCCCAGGAAUUGGAAACGUUUUCUCUGCUUAGUAAUGGCGCCCCGGCUGGCUUAACAGAUCAGGGAACUUCUAACGGAUUGGGAUCUAUAGAUGACAUCAAAACAGCCUGCUACGUGGAUCUCCGAGGCUCUCCAGCCCUGCUCCCCUCCACUCCCACGAUGCCCCUGUUCCCUCAUGUUCUGGACCUACUGGCCCCCCUGGACUGCAGCAGCAGGACACUCCCCAGCACUGAGGGCCUGGAUGACUUCUCAGAUGGGGAUGUGUUUGGUCCAGAGCUGGACACCCUCCUGGACUCUCUGUCUCUGGUCCAGGGUGGCCUGCCUGGCAGUGGUAUGCCUAGUGAGCUGCCUCAGCUGAUCCCCGUGUUUCCUGUUGGGACCCCACUCUUGCCACCUGUGGUGGGUGGCUCCAUCCCCGUGUCCAGCCCACUGCCUCCUGUCUCCUUUGGCCUUGUCAUGGACCCCUUCAGGAAGCUGGCUGCUUCUGUGCUGGAUGCCCUUGACUCUCCAGGGCCCACACUGGACCCCCUGGAUCUGUUACCAUACUCUGAGGCUCGGCUGGAUGCCCUUGACAGCUUUGGGUCAGCCCGAGGCUCCCUGGACAAGCCAGACUCCUUCCUAGAAGAGAUCAGCUCACAGGACCCCCGACCCCCGAGCAGUAUUCAGAAGCCAGCCCCCUCGCCGGAGCCCUAAAUGCCCAACACCGCCCUGCUCAUCAAGAACCCUCUGGCUGCCACCCGAGAGUUCAAGCAGGCCUUCCAGCUGUGCUACCCCAAAACAGGCCCCAGGGCUGGCGACUAUACCUACUGUGAGGGCCUGGAGCACAGGUGCAGAAGGGAUGUCCUGCUCGGCCGGCUCCGGAGCUCGGAGAACCAGAUCUGGAAGCGCAUCCGGCCCCGGCCCACCAAAACCAGUUUUGUGGGCUCCUACUACCUGUGCAAAGACAUGAUUAACAAGCAAGACUAUAAGUACAGAGAUAACUGCACCUUCGCCUACCAUCAGGAGGAGAUCGAUGUGUGGACAGAGGAGCGGAAGGGCACCCUCAACCGGGACCUGCUCUUUGACCCUCUAGGGGGUGUCAAGCGUGGCAGCCUCACCAUUGCCAAGCUCCUCAAGGAGCACCAGGGCAUCUUCAUCUUCCUCUGCAAGAUCUGCAUCGACAGUAAGCCCCGGAUCAUCAGCAAAGGCACCAAGGACUCUCCAUCUGUCUGCUCCAACCUGGCUGCCAAGCACAGCUUUUACAACAACAAGUGCCUGGUGCACAUCGUCCGUUCUACCUCUCUCAAGUACUCCAAGAUCUGUCAGUUCUAGGAGCACUUCCAGUUUGACGUGUGCCGCCACGAGGUGCGCUAUGGCUGCCUGCGUGAGGACAGCUGCCACUUUGCCCAUAGUUUCAUUGAACUCAAGGUCUGGUUGCUCCAGCAGUACUCAGGAAUGACCCACGAAGACAUCAUUCAGGAAUCUAAGAAAUACUGGCAGCAGAUGGAAGCCCACGCAGGGAAGGCCAGCAGUGGCUUGGGUACCCCAAGGACACAUGGAACCAGCACCUUUGACUUGAAGAUAAAGUUUGUGUGUGGUCAGUGUUGGAGGAACGGGCAGGUGGUAGAGCCAGACAAGGACCUCACGUACUGCAAUGCCAAGGCCCGGCAUUGCUGGACCAAGGAGAGGCGAGUCCUUCUGGUGAUGUCCAAGACCAAGAGGAAAUGGGUGUCUGUGAGACCACUGCCAUCCAUUCGAAACUUCCCACAGUAGUAUGAUCUCUGCAUCCAUGCCCAGAAUGGCCGCAAAUGAUAGUAUGUGGGGAACUGCUCCUUCGCACACAGCCCUGAGAAGACAGACAUGUGGACCUUCAUGAAGGAGAACAAGAUCCUUGAUAUGCAACAGACCUAUGACAUGUGGCUGAAAAAACACAACCCAGGGAAGCCGGGUGAAGGGACUUCCAUCAGCUCCCUGGAAGGAGAGAAGCAGAUCCAGAUGCCCACAGAGUAUGCUGACAUCAUGAUGGGCUACCACUGCUGGCUCUGUGGCAAGAACAGCAACAGCAAGAAGCAGUGGCAACAGCACAUCCAGUCAGAGAAGCAAAAGGAGAAAGUCUUCACUUCCGAUAGUGACGCCAGUGGCUGGGCCUACCGUUUCCCUAUGGGCGAGUUCCGACUCUGUGACAGGCUCCAGAAGGGCAAGGCCUGCCCAGAUGGAGACAAGUGCCGCUGUGCCCAUGGACAAAAGGAACUCAACGAGUGGCUGGACCGGCGUGAGGUGCUGAAGCAAAAGCUUGCCAAGGCCCGAAAGGACAUGCUUCUGUGUCCACGGGAUGAUGACUUCGGCAAAUACAACUUCCUGCUGCAAGAGGAUGGGGACAACACCCCAGAAGCCCCCAUUGCUGCAACUGCUACUGCUGCCACCACCACCACUGGGGAGUAG